UAGGCUGCAGCGGCACCGGCACCAUGUUUAAUCGCUGCUUGCUCUUCAUGCAGUUCUUCGGCUUCCUUGCUGUACCCCCCCUUUGCGGUGUCACAUGGCUUGGAACUGCUUCGUCUGACUUGGCUCCCUCGGCGGUCGAGCACGUGGACGUCAUCGAGUGCUUGCCCAAGAACUGCGCUAUCGCUACCAUAUGCGAUUACCUCGGCGUGUCCCACUUCAAGCUACAGCAUGCCAGUCACCCCGAUGCCCUGUCCUUUGAUCAGCCAAUCAUCGACAACUCUCGGUCUGUGACGUCAGCAGCCGACGGUAUAAAUGUCCAGCGCGUGGAUCGUCUCUUCAGUGGGCUAGGCUGCAGCGGCACCGGCACCAUGUUUAAUCGCUGCUUGCUCUUCAUGCAGUUCUUCGGCUUCCUUGCUGUACCCCCCCUUUGCGGUGUCACAUGGCUUGGAACUGCUUCGUCUGACUUGGCUCCCUCGGCGGUCGAGCACGUGGACGUCAUCGAGUGCUUGCCCAAGAACUGCGCUAUCGCUACCAUAUGCGAUUACCUCGGCGUGUCCCACUUCAAGCUACAGCAUGCCAGUCACCCCGAUGCCCUGUCCUUUGAUCAGCCAAUCAUCGACAACUCUCGGUCUGUGACGUCAGCAGCCGACGUUCUUCGGCUUCCUUGCUGUACCCCCCCUUUGCGGUGUCACAUGGCUUGGAACUGCUUCGUCUGACUUGGCUCCCUCGGCGGUCGAGCACGUGGACGUCAUCGAGUGCUUGCCCAAGAACUGCGCUAUCGCUACCAUAUGCGAUUACCUCGGCGUGUCCCACUUCAAGCUACAGCAUGCCAGUCACCCCGAUGCCCUGUCCUUUGAUCAGCCAAUCAUCGACAACUCUCGGUCUGUGACGUCAGCAGCCGACGGUAUAAAUGUCCAGCGCGUGGAUCGUCUCUUCAGUGGGCUAGGCUGCAGCGGCACCGGCACCAUGUUUAAUCGCUGCUUGCUCUUCAUGCAGUUCUUCGGCUUCCUUGCUGUACCCCCCCUUUGCGGUGUCACAUGGCUUGGAACUGCUUCGUCUGACUUGGCUCCC